GCGUGCGUGCAUGCUCCUGUGUGUUCAUCCCAUAUGUCCCAGAGGAGCAGAAAGGUAUAAAAUGAGAUUCUCUAGGAGGACGUCUGCAGAAGAGGGGUAGCGUUUUCAUUGUCCACAGCAGGACGGGGAGCCUUUUUGUUCUCCACAGCAGGACGGGGAGCAUUUUCACUCUCCAGGGCGGGACGGGGACCGCGCUCCUCCUCUCUGAGUCCCGGGGCGCUGCCGGAGUGGUUUCGGGGCUGAGAUGCGGUUCGAGGACGUCCUGCUGCAGGUGGGCGGGUUUUCCAGGUUCCAGUUCCUGCUCCUCUUCCUGCUGAGCCUGCCCCGGCUGAUCCUGCCGUCCCACUUCCUGCUUCACAACUUCAUCUCGGGAGUGCCCUCCCACCGCUGCGCUGUCCCAGACCUGCCAGAGGGGGGCGCCACAGCCGACGCCGACACCCUCUCGCUGCACCUCCCCCAGGAACCCGACGGCUCCCUGAGCUCCUGCAGGGCCUACGCCUCCCCGCGCCUCCUCCUCCCUCACGCCCCCGGAAACUCCUCCAACGCCUCCGCCAUCGUCCCCUGCCAGCACGGAUGGGUGUACAACAGCUCCCAAUUCCUCUCCACCACCGCCACACAGUGGGACCUGGUGUGCGAGGAUAAACAGCUGAACCAGGCGCUGGCAACGUUCUUCUUUAUCGGAGUCACCUUUGGCGCCGUGAUAUUUGGCAACUUGUCAGAUAAGUUUGGCCGGAAGCCCAUGCUGCUGCUGUCGUUUGUGAGCUCUGCGGUCCUGGGCACCGCGUCGGCCUUCUCCGUGUCCUACGCCAUGUUCGCCGUGACCCGCGCCCUGUGUGGAGCGGCCCUGACCGGCAUGACCAUCACCACCCUGGCGCUAAGCAUCGAGUGGACGGACCUCGGGCACCGCACGUUCACGGGCACCAUCAUGGGCCUGGCCUGGAGCCUGGGGAACAUGCUGCUGGCCCUGCUGGCCUACUGCCUCCGCGCCUGGAGGCUCCUACUGCUCGCCAUCACCGCCCCCUGUCUCGCCGCCAUCGCCGCCUGGUGGUGGAUCCCAGAGUCUGCCAGGUGGCUGCUGGCGAAUGGGAAGGUGGACGAAGCUCACAUGUACCUCCUCAGGUGUGCCAGAAUGAACAGGAAGCACGGCUACGCCUCCGAAUUGGACACGGAGGUCCUGAAGAAGAUGGUGGAAUCCGAGACCUCCGGCAGAGUCUACUCUUACCUGGAUCUGGUGAAGACGCCAAAACUGAGGAAGAUCACGAUCUGCUCAGGGAUCGUCUGGUUUGCUGUUGCAUUCACAUAUUAUGGGAUCAGCCUGAAUGUCACGGGUUUUGGUUUUAAUGUGUACCUGACGCACUUCCUGUACGCGGCCAUCGAGGUCCCGGCCAAGGUGGGGACGUACUUCGCCCUGGACUGCAUCGGGCGCAGGAACAGCCAGGCCCUGUUCCUCAUCAACGCCGGUGUGCUGAUGGGGAUUAACAUGCUCAUACCCACAGAGCGCGCGCUGGUGCGGACGCUGUUGGCGGUUAUCGGCAAGGGCUUCUCAGAGGCAGCGUUCACUACUGCGUUUCUGUACACCGCUGAGCUCUACCCCACCGUCAUACGGCAGUGUGGUUUGGGGUACACCUCGUUCGUCGGGCGAAUCGGAGGCUCCCUGGCUCCCCUGGUGAUGCUCCUUGGUGACGCGUGGACCGUGGCCCCGCCCGUAGUCUUCGCCGCGGUGGCGGUGCUGGGCGGCUGCAUGACCCUCCUGCUGUCGGAGACGCUGAACGUCAGGCUGCCCGAGACCGUCCAGGACGCGGAGGGGGAUAGACAUAAACGUGCUCCUGAAAACGCCCCUGAUCCUGAAGUUACUGAGGUCCAUUUAAGACCACUCAUCUGAAACCUCAUGGUGUUUUACGAGUUCAUUUGGUGUGGGAACAGUGAAUGAACUUUGCAAAGAAGCAUACUGGAUACACACGUUGAACGGGCUUGAAUGAUUUUAAUCUGUCUUGUUUCUUUUUUUAUAAUUGUGCUUUGCAUCAUGUACAGUAUGUUUCUACCUAAAACAUACUCUA